CGAGGAAGAUGUCGAGCCCAGGCAUCAACGGCGACCCCAAGCCUCCAUGCUUGCCUCGAAAUGGUCUGGUGAAGCUGCCAGGCCAGCCCAAUGGCCUGGGUGCAGCCAGCAUCACCAAGGGCACGCCAGCUGCCAAGAACCGCCCCUGCCUGCCACCACCCCCACCUAGCCUCCCACCACCCAACCUGGCCACCCCACUUGCCCGGGCUGUCCUGUCUGGGGGUCCCCCAGCAAGUGGUCCAGCGUCAGCUCUGGUCCCUGGGCCCCCAGAAGAACGGCCACCUCUGGCCACAGAUGAGAAGAUUCUCAGUGGCCUCUUCUGGUACUUCUCGGCAUGCGAGAAGUGCGUGCUGGCUCAGGUGUGUAAGGCCUGGCGGCGUGUGCUUUACCAGCCCAAGUUCUGGGCAGGCCUCACACCAGUGCUGCAUGCCAAGGAGCUCUACAACGUGCUGCCAGGUGGUGAGAAGGAGUUCGUGAACCUGCAGGGCUUUGCUGCAAGAGGCUUUGAGGGCUUCUGCUUGGUUGGCGUCUCUGACCUGGACAUCUGUGAGUUCAUCGACAACUAUGCGCUCUCCAAGAAGGGUGUCAAGGCCAUGAGCCUUAAGCGCUCCACCAUCACUGAUGCUGGCCUAGAGGUUAUGCUGGAGCAGAUGCAGGGUGUGGUGCGUCUGGAGCUGUCAGGUUGCAACGACUUCACUGAGGCAGGGCUGUGGUCCAGCCUCAGCGCCCGCAUCACUUCACUGAGCGUGAGUGACUGCAUCAAUGUGGCGGACGAUGCCAUCGCGGCCAUCUCACAGCUGCUGCCCAACCUGGCUGAGCUGAGCCUGCAGGCCUACCAUGUUACGGACACGGCACUGGCCUACUUCACAGCGCGCCAGGGCCACAGCACCCACACACUGCGCCUGCUCUCCUGCUGGGAGAUCACCAACCAUGGUGUGGUCAAUGUGGUACACAGCUUGCCCAACCUCACCUCGUUAAGCCUCUCAGGCUGCUCCAAGGUCACAGACGAUGGCGUUGAGCUCGUGGCCGAGAACCUGCGCAAACUGCGCAGCCUCGACCUCUCGUGGUGUCCACGCAUCACAGACAUGGCGCUAGAGUACGUGGCCUGCGAUCUUCACCGCCUAGAGGAGCUUGUGCUGGACAGGUGUGUACGCAUCACGGACACUGGCCUCAGCUACUUGUCCACCAUGUCGUCCCUCCGCAGCCUCUACCUGCGAUGGUGCUGCCAGGUGCAGGACUUCGGGCUGAAGCACCUCCUGGCCAUGAGGAGUUUGCGUCUCUUGUCCCUGGCAGGCUGCCCGCUGUUGACCACCACGGGGCUGUCAGGCCUGGUGCAGCUGCAGGAGCUGGAGGAGCUGGAGCUGACCAACUGCCCUGGAGCCACCCCCGAGCUCUUCAAGUACUUCUCGCAGCAUUUGCCCCGCUGCCUGGUCAUCGAGUAGCGCGGAGCUCCCCGCCCCGGAACCGGGAACCCAGCCAUGCUCUGGGCGGGACGUGAGGCGUCGCGUAGCCCUCUCUUCACCCC